AUGAAAGAUGUCGGCGGCCUCCGAUGUAAUCUUUUCGGGCCUGGUUCCCGGGCCCUGGGCUCUAGGCCUCUCCAAGUUUGGGAUUCUGUAGCAUCCGUACCCUGCGCCAUGGAGGUGCGAGCAUGGUGCAACGACCUAAGACAUAACCUCCGAAAAGGUCCCUACCUGUGCUAUGUUCAUUGGGAUACCUUAGUAUUUCUUCUGUUCAAUUUUGGUUGUGUGAUUAUAACUUAUACUACUAACCAUCAGUUCAAUAAAGAACCUGGUAAGGUUGUUGAUGAGUUCAAGUUGCGGGUCACUUAUGUUCCUGCUGGUCCUCCCUCACCUGUUCCUGAGGAACCAGAAGAAGGAUCAUCCACAUUGGAAAACGGGCUUCAUAGUUUACAAACACAAGAUUCUGUAUCAAGAUCUAGCGAGCCGUCAAAGGAGAAGUCUUCAGAGGCAUUGGCUAUGAUUUCAAAGUUGACUGAAGAGAAACAUACUGCCAUUCAACAAAACCAGAAAGCUUCGGCAGGAACUGGUGCUGUAAGAAACCAGGAAUACAUUGCAAAAGACUCCGAAAAUGCCAGCACAGGAACCAUGACCAUGAUAUCGAUGAAGGAGGCCAGAUAUUUAGUUUUGCCAGGAGCUCCAGUUUGAUUGUAAACAUGUUGCAAAAGAUUCCUGGUUAUUAUCAUGAUAUUGUGGCUCACUCUAAUGGCAAUUGCAGGAUCUGCUGAGGAAAAAACACAACGUGGUGGUGUCGAUGGUGCUCUUAUAGGGUAUAUCAUCAUGAAGCUGUAACACACAAAGCAAAACCAAACUGGACGAAGUCGUAACACAGAAGGAAGCACGCGAAGGACAAAUUUCUUUGUGGAAGAACAGUAGUUCUCUUAGUCGUCAGGAUUGACUUUGGACAGAACGUUUGACAACUCGGACGGCUGUCAACAUCGAUUUCGAUCGUAAACUGCUUCCUCAUUCACUGGUUUCGCAACGGUAGAAAACUGUCCAUAAGCUCUCCGAAGUUUCACCGAUACCUUAACCGAUUCCUCCACCGAGCCUAAAGGAGCCAAUGGACGGACUCGAGAUGAGAGCACAAGGCAUAAACUUAUUAGUGCUUCGCUUUAACGGUGACUCGGAAAGGUCGGCCUCUGUUGGCGAGAACAUAAAUAAUAGGAUGAUUUUUUAGAAAAUAUUCAUAUUUUAGAUAUUUUUUAAAACGAUACCCUUUUUUUC